AUGUCUCUCUGGAAAGAGAUCAAGAAUAAAAAUAUUGAAGAGGUUAAAAACAUAAUUAACCAGGACAAAUCACUUGCCUAUUCCGUCGAUGAUAACGGCAUGACCAUAUUAAUUGCUUCUGCUAAAGCUGGUUCUUUAGAUUUGAUGCAAUAUUUUAUCAAACUUGGAAUUGAACCACUUUCACUCACUCCAAACGGUUCUGAUAUUCUGACAGCAGCUGCAUCCGUCGGAUCAUUAGAAUGCUUUGAAUAUUCAUUGAGUUUAGGUGCAAAAAUCGAUAGAAAACGUGAAGACGGAACAACAGUGAUGAUUUUUGCUGCUAGUGGUGGAAAUCCAGAAAUAAUAAAGAAAUGCAUUGAUGCAGGCCUUGAUGUUAAUGAGCGUUCAAAAGGAUUGUCAACACCUCUUAUAGAAGCUGCAAAGAAAGGAUCAUUAGAAAGCUGCAAAAUUUUAAUUGAAAAUGGCGCAGAUGCAACUUUGAAGCAGAAAAACGGAUUUUCUGCUUUGAAUGGAAGCUGCAUUAGUGGCAAUUAUGACUUAUUUAUGUACUUAACAACCAAGAUGCCUCUUGAAGAAACAAACAAAGGAUCAUUAGUUCAUGACGCAGUUAUUGGAAACAACACAGAUAUUGUUGAAUUUCUUAUCAACAACAAAUUCGAUUUAAACACGAAAGUAAAAGGAAGAUAUCCAAUUCACUUAGCAUGUAUGAAAGGUAAUUUAAAGAUGGUCAGAUUGCUACUUGAUAAUGGUGCAAAGUUACAGAAUUGUGACGCAGAAAACACUCCACUUCAUUAUGCAGCUGAAAGUGACAAAGUUGAGACAUUCGAUUUCAUUCUUUCUAAGACUAAAGACAUCAAUCCAAAGAAUGUUUUGGGAAUGACUCCUUUGUUACAAGCUGCUGCAGCUCAUGCAUUUAAUGUUUGCAAGUAUAUCAUUGCAAAAGGCGGAGAUAUCUUUGCAUUAGAUAAUAAGAACCAUGGAAUAUUGCAUUAUGCAGCUACACAUUGCGAUACUGGUUUCUUAGAUACACUUGAUAUGCUCAGUGUCGAUUUUAACUUAGAAGAUAUUUCUGGAAAAACACCUCUCUUCUCAGCAGUCGAAUGUGGAAAUAUGGAUGUAAUAAAAUACUUUGUAGAAGAAAAAUAUGCCGAUUUGAAGAAGAAAGAUAACGAAGGCAAAAAUCUCUUCCAUAAUAUUUGCAACAACGUCAAUGUUUGCGAAUAUUUAUUAGCAAAUGGAGUUGACCCAGCAGAAAAAGAUGAAAAUGAAGCUACCCCUCUGCAUUAUGCUGCAGAAAGUGGAAAAAUUGAUAUAAUUCCAUUCUUUUUAUCUCAUGGAUGCAAGGCUGAUGAUAAAGAUGCCAAUGGAAUGACACCUGUCGACCUUGCUUCAGACUUUGGCCACAUCGAAUGCUUUGAAUUAUUAGUUGAUUCAGUUGAAACACCAGAACAUCAUGAAUAA